AUGUCCGGCAUCGAAGACCUUGUCCAAGACGGCCCCUACGGCGGACUUGGCGGCAGCGCUUACAACGCAACACAUGAGGAGCAAAAAAUCCGCCGCCUUGACGCAUGGUCGGCCGACUACAGUGGCUACAAUGUCCUCGGUGCUAUCCAAUUCACUUUCCAAGACGGGAGUUCCAGUGGACGUGUUGGCGGCCGUGACCCCAACAUUGGCUAUAACCCGAAGUCCUUUGUCUUUGAUGAUGAGGAAACCAUUGACAAGUUUACUGUUUAUGCCGGAGACAAUGAGGGCUUUGUCAACGGCUUCAAUUUCCAUACCACUCAAGGCAACGAGUUUGAAAUUGGUUCGACAGAUGGACUGGAAAGCGAUGUGCCUUCGCUUGGUAGCAAUGGGGAGUGGGCCGGAGCUGCCGGUAGGGAUAGCAGUCAUGGUGCGGAUGCUGUUAUUGAUAGUAUGAUACUGUACUUCAAGUAGUGUUAGCAUGUGUGCAUGUUUUUCUAUUAGUGCG